AUGUCGAUGCCGUUACCGGGGCGGACGCUCGUCGACCUCGACGGCGACGCGCUGGCCCACUGCGCGCGCCACCUCGGCGCCCGCGACGUCGCCAGCCUUGCUAUGGCCUGCCGCCCGUUGCGCGCCGCCGCCUACUGCGAUGCCGUAUGGUACCACCUUUACAGGGGGCAAUGGCCGUUUCAACAAGUGCCUCGUGGAGCUUUGGGGAUUAGAGAACUAUACAUUCGGAGGCACACUGAAGUACAUCAAAUGAAAUUUGAUGAUCCCUUAUCAUCUAUUUAUUAUCUAGAUCCCACGGAGCCGACACCAAGCCAUCUAAUGCUUGAUAGGAAUGGUGUUUGGUUCUCUCAAGGGCCAGUAGUCAAAAGAUUGAGGCUUGGUCUGGACAUGGAAUUAGUGGAAACCUACAGGACCCAUAGCGCGAGGAUCACUUGUAUGAGAUUGUUCCCACUAAUCGACACCCCAUUGUAUCGAAGUGAUGCACAUAGAAAUGAAAUGGCAUUAGUCACUUCAAGCACAGAUAGAACAGUCCGUCUUUGCUGGAAGGGCCAAUCACGCUGUUACAAGGGCCAUUCAGGACCUGUUACUGCUCUGGCUGACAAAUUGCUUGAUGACGGUGAAUGUAAAAUACUCGCAACUGGUGGUGAAGACUGCACCAUUCGCCUUUGGUCUAUGAAUACAAGAGCAAAAAAACACCCUCUAAUAUCAACUUUGCAUGGGCAUGAAAAAACACUGUCACUUUUGUCUGUUGCUUGGCAUAAAUCCUCCCUGCUGGUCAGCAGUUCCAAAGAUACAAAGGUGAAAGUGUGGGACACAAUGGCACCUCCUUCCAGUGUCUCAUCAUCAUGUGUUGGGGGUGCUCAUCUUAACUCAAGUGGUCCACCGAUUGCAAUCAAAUGCUACGAAUCCCUUUGUUACAUUGCUGCUGGAUCCGAAGUGACAGCAAUUGAUUUGAGGACGAUGAAGAAGGCUUCUGUUCUUGCACUUCGUAACCAAAGAAUACUUUCUUGUGAGAUGCUGCCCUCUGAAUGGCUAAUAUGCACGGGCAUAAAAGACAAGGCUCUUCUGUGGGAUAUUCGUAAGCCUCAAGAACUCAAGCACACAGUCGCAGAACUGCAUUCAGAUGGUCCUGUGACGUUGCUUCACUUGGAUCCAUACAAGGUAGUGAUGGGCGCGCCAUGGGAUGGUCAGGUCCAUGUCUGGGAAACCCGGACGGGCCACUUGGUGAACAGAUUGAGUUGCGAUGAGCCUGUUAAAUCAGGAGGGAGAAGCACAGUGUCAGCCAUGGCUCUGGACGGGUGUAGGAUUGUCACUGCAGGGAGUAGUUCAACCAGAGGCAGCCUGUUACACUACCAAGACUUUCUGAGAUCCUCAGUUCCUGUAGCUUUACCUGGCAAGGAAGUUUCCAAGUUCUGGGGAUCUCAAGAAUAUGACGAUGAAGACUAG